GGGAGCGGGAGCGCGCGCGGCGUCACGUCACCAGGUCGGGGCGCGGAGCCGGCGGACGGUCGGUAGCCACUCAGCGACGGCGUCUCCACGAUUCCAUAUCGUGUUGUGUAAUCCAUGUAUGGACCUGCUGCAAAUGAAAUAUGUAUUUAAUUGCUGGAAACCAUGAAGUUACCAAAACUUGCCUUUGUUUUUGUCCUGUUCAUUUGCCUGUGCCUCUACAUCUAUCAAAAGAAUCCUUUCCAAAGGAUACAGAAUGGGCUCAGAUUCCACCUGCUGGCCACUAGCCAACAGCCCGCUGCCCGCUGCUUCUAUGGGAUCAUGUUUGAUGCUGGCAGCACUGGCACACGCAUCCAUGUAUUCAAUUUUACCCAGACUACAAACGGAUCUCCUAAACUUGCAAAUGAGAUUUUCAAAGCCUUGAAGCCAGGAUUGUCGGCAUAUUCGGACAAGCCGGAAUUGAGCACGAAGGGAAUUGAAGAACUGCUGGAAGUUGCCAAAAGCUGCAUUCCUCGCGACUAUUGGGCAAGCACACCAUUAGUACUAAGGGCCACGGCUGGCUUACGCCUGUUACCUGGAGAGAAAGCGCAGCUUUUACUGCAUACGGUAAAAGAAGUCUUUCAAGCAAGCCCUUUCCGAGUAUCAAGCGAUUGUGUUAGCAUCAUGGAUGGGAGUGAUGAAGGUAUCUCGGCAUGGAUUACUGUCAACUUUUUAACAGACACCUUGCAAGACUCAAAGCAAAAUGCUGCCGGGAUGCUUGACCUUGGAGGUGGCUCCACCCAAAUCACAUUCUUACCUCAAACCGAGAUGACACUCCAAACCUCUCCUGUUGACUGUAUUACCUCAAUUCAGAUGUUCAAUAGCACCUACACCCUCUACUCACACAGUUACCUGGGACUUGGCCUGAUGUCAGCAAGGUUGGCAAUCUUAGGAGGAACUGAAGGUAGACCAACUGAGAAAGAUCAGGAGCUGGCCAGUCCCUGCCUGUCUCCAGACUACAAGGCAGAAUGGAAACAUGCCGAGAUUGUUUACCGUAUUAAAGGACAGAAAGCAGGAGAGCCUCUCUAUGAUUCGUGCUACUCCAGGAUAGAGAAGAUGCUUUACAAGAAGGUGCAUCAGCCCGAGGAAGUGCAGAACAUCCCAUUCUACGCCUUUUCUUACUACUACGACACUGCAGUCGAUGUGGGGCUGAUUGAUGAAGAGCACGGAGGCACUUUAACUGUUGAAGAUUACGAGAUUGCAGCCGAGCAGGUCUGUCACAGUAUGGAAGUUAAAUCAACAGAUAAGCCGUUUCUUUGCAUGGAUCUUGUGUACAUAACUGUCCUGCUCCAGGAGCUGGGUUUCGAAAAAGAUGCCGUGUUAAAGCUUGCUAGGAAGAUCAAUGGUGUUGAGAGCAGCUGGGCGCUGGGAGCUACGUUCCAUUACAUCGACUCCCUUCACUGACACUGGAGCAAGGAGCUGACGUUUACAUUCUCAAUCAACUCAAUCAGAGUUGAAAACAUGCCUUGCUUCUUCAAAAUAUUGCCUUCUCUGCAUGGGGACUGGGAGAUCUAAAAAUGCGGGUCUUGACUUUGUUGAUUUUAAUAUUUUGUGUCAGUGCGGUUUUAUUUUAGUGGAACAAAAGGGUAUUGAUCAUUGGAGAGUUGUCACAUGGGCAAAAUUCUGCAUGACACUUCAACAAAUGGUGAGAAGCAAUGUGUUAUUUCAAGCCCUAACUUUAACCUGUUCAGUGCCACCCCCGAGUACACUUGGGUAAUGGUCAAUAGUGGGAAACAAAACCUGGCCGUGAACAAAUUAAUUAAGAAGCAACAGAAAACGUAAAUGUGGCAAAGGUUUAUUUUGAGGGAAUACCACCACCAUUCUUAUACAGUUGGACUGUUCAAGAUUUAAACUCUGCAAGGUCUUUCCAUUUAAAGAUUUUGUGUCACACGAUAGAAUUUUGUGUAAUCUUCACUCGAUAGAAUUUCAGGUGGUAUUCUUCUCUUUUACUGCACAAUGAAAAUAAAACUCUUGUUUUUGAGGGACCAACAAAUUACUGAUGGGGAAAAACGGCAGCUUAGGGUUGGGCAUUGAAUCAAACUUUAAUCAAUUGAAUGGUCCACUACAGAGUGAAGUUGAUUUUGGGCUCAGGGUCUGUAAUAUUUUAUUGUUAUUCUGUGUGAAUCAAGGAGCAGCGGGGAGAGCUGGGGUGAGCUAUGGUUUCUGUGCAAUGUUUUAUACCUACAGUUGACACAUCCGGCAAGGGAGCCUUUCUCAUGUGGAAGUGUCUGUCAACGGAGUACGUUUCUAAACACUUCUAAAGAGAACAAAGUUUUCCAUGA